AUGAUUACAUCUGACGAAAAGAAUGGUUAUCAAUCGCAUCAACGACCAAGCUCAUCUUCGUGGAGGAGAAUGAGUCUAUCUUUGCUCAGUUUGUUGCUAUUGGUACCAAUAUAUCAAUACCUAAACACAAAUUCCCUCAUAAAUGAAGCAGGGUUGAAAUCGCCACAAUAUAUAUCCAUCGAAACCAUUGAAUUAACAUCCUCGGAAAAGGAUGACUUGAGACGACUCGGACUUACUCCCAAAAAACCAAUCAAGAUUGUCACUAGUGAAAAGGGAAAACAAAUUAUUCAUGGUAGGUUCCUUCAUAUAACCGAUAUUCACCCUGACCCUUAUUUCAAAGAAGGCCUGUCAUUUGAUGAAAUGUGUCAUAGAUCCAAAGGUAACGCUCAGAAAUAUGGCGAUGCUAUAUCAGGCUGUGAUUCACCAGUGGCAUUAAUGGAUGACACAAUCAAAUGGAUUGAAAAAAAUUUGAGAGACAAGAUCGAUUUUAUUGUAUGGACUGGGGAUAACGUCCGUCAUGAUAAUGAUAGGAAUUACCCUAGAACUGAACAAAACAUAUUUGAAAUGAAUGAACAUGUGAGCAAGUUGAUGUACGAAACUUUCAAAAAGAAUGAUACUCCAGAAUUGGAAAUUGAUUUGAUUCCAAGUUUAGGUAAUAAUGACGUAUACCCUCACAAUCUAUUUAGCAUUGGACCCACAUUACAAACUAGAGAAUUGUUUCAAAUUUGGCAACGCUUCAUCCCACAACUGCAAUUGCACACAUUUAAUCGUGGUGCUUAUUUCUUCAAAGAAGUUAUACCAGGACAAUUGGCAAUAUUGUCCAUUAAUACUCUCUAUUUAUUCCAACUGAAUCCAUUGGUGGACAACUGCGACAAGAGAAAGCAACCGGGCUACAAGCUAUUUGAAUGGUUGGGUUAUGUCUUGAAAGAGUUGAGAGCAAGAAAUAUGAAGGUGUGGUUGACAGGUCAUGUACCACCCAAUGAAAAGAACUAUGACUUGACGUGUUUGAGAAAGUAUAUUGUGUGGAUUUAUGAAUUUAGAGAUAUCAUUGUGGGUGGGUUGUAUGGACAUAUGAAUUUGGACCACUUCAUCCCAUUGGAUAGUGUCGCUGCAUACAAAUCAAUCAGAAAUUCACAAAAGAAACAGAAACCCAAACAAUUGGAAAUGUUUGAGGUGUUUAACGAGGAGUAUUAUGAUGAUUUAGAGACGGAAGCAUUAGGAGAAACCUCAUUUUAUCAAACAUUGGAUGAAAAAUUUGAUGAUUCAUUCUUCAGAGUGCAAGGAGGAGUUCCAUCAAACAAAGUGGAGUAUAUGAACACUGUACGCGAAGAGGUGUAUGCAAAAAUCAAAGGUAAAAGAAAAUCUGGCGACUAUGCUGAGCGGUAUUCUAUCUCACAUGUCGGUAGUUCAAUUGUCCCCACAUUCAACCCCGGUUUGCGAGUAUGGGAAUACAACAUCACCAAUCUUGCUUAUGAAAUGACCAAUAUCAAAUUCGAGCCAUGGGAUAAAUUCUUUUACGAAGUUGAAACUUUGAUUGAAAAACAAGAUGCGUACACUGAUGAUGAAGACGAAGAGCAUAGUGUAUGGUCAUUCAUCAAACGUGAUAAGACUUUCCCACUUCCCAAACCUAAAGGUGCCAAAUUAGGACCAGCUUAUAUUCCUCAGACAUACACUCCUGAGAGGUACGUGCAAUAUUAUGCCGAUUUGGCAGGAAUCAACAAAGGCAAAAAGGAAUUCGAUUAUGAAAUUGAGUACACCACUGAUGAUAAAUUGUAUAAUUUGCCAGUGUUGACUGUAGAGGAAUGGUUAAAGUAUGCAAGAAAAUUGGGAAAGCCAGUCAAGGAAAACAGCAUCGACGCGGAAAAGAAGAAGAGGAAAAAGAAAAAGAAUGACAAAGCAAAGAAAGGGAAGAACGGCAAAAAGUUGGAGCAAAUGUGGGCCGAAUACUUGAAAAACACUUUUGUUAGCUCCAACUAUGAAAAUAGUGGAUUAGGUUAG